AUGUUUCGCAAAAUAUUGAUCAUUUGCCACCUCUCUGCCCGGCAGAUAAAGAAGUUUGAGAAGAUGGAGACGACGGAGGAGAGAAGGAAGGUGGCGAGGGAGAUCUACGAUAAGUACGUCAUGAGAGAGCUGCUCGCCCACGCUCACGGAUAUUCCAAGGAGGCAGUUUCACAUGUACAGACGAUUCUACUGAAGAAUCAGUUUCCCUCAGAUCUCUUUAAGCCAUACCUCGAAGAAAUCUUUAGUUCAUUGACAGGACGAAUUUUUAAGAAAUUUUUAGAAAGUGACAAAUACACAAGGUAUUGCCAGUGGAAGAACUUGGAGCUUAAUAUUCAAUUAACGAUGAACGACUUCAGUGUACACCGGAUUAUUGGGCGUGGUGGGUUCGGUGAGGUCUACGGAUGUCGGAAGGCAGACACGGGCAAGAUGUAUGAGGUGACUUACACUAUCACCUGUCACAGCACGGCGUAUUCUCUGAGCAAGAGAUGAGAUUCUACGCUGCAGAAGUUGUACUUGGCCUUGAACACAUGCACAACCGAUUUGUCGUCUACCGAGAUUUGAAGCCUGCCAACAUACUCUUAGAUGAGCAUGGCCACGCACGAAUAUCCGAUCUGGGACUGGCCUGUGACUACUCUAAGAAGAAACCUCAUGCAAGCGUAGGCACGCACGGUUACAUGGCGCCGGAGGUUCUAUCCAAAGGAACAGCCUACGACUCGAGCGCUGACUGGUUCUCGCUGGGUUGCAUGCUGUAUAAGCUGCUGAAAGGGCACAGUCCGUUCCGACAACACAAGACAAAGGACAAGAACGAGAUAGACAGGAUGACACUAACAAUGAACAUAGAGCUGCCUGAUCAUUUCACAGAGGAGCUGAGAGACUGCCUGCAGGGACUUUUAAAGCGGGACGUGGAGGAGCGACUAGGAUGCAUGGGACGGGGGUAUGCAAUGAAGUGUUUGGACAAAAAACGAAUCAAGUUAAAACAAGGAGAAACGCUGGCCUUGAAUGAACGCAUCAUGUUGUCUCUAGUCAGUACAGGGGUGGACUGUCCUUUCAUAGUAUGUAUGACGUAUGCAUUUCAAACGACAGACAAGCUCUGUUUUACCUUGGACCUCAUGAACGCUCUCCCUCCUUUCUUCACCAUUGUUUCCACCUCCACCUCUCUCACCAUUGUUUCCACCUACACCUCCUCCGUUAUUGUAUGCCCCUCCUUCUUGUCACUAUUGUUUUCGCCUUCUCCCUAUUUUCUUCCAUGCAUUAGAGGUUGGACACUAACGGGUUGUGUCUGUAUGUGCGUGUGUUUGUGUGUUUGCACAGAAUCGGACUGCAUUAUCCACGGUUACAUGAAGAAGUUGGGCGGUCCGUUUGCGUCGGCGUGGCAGACGCGCUACGCCAAGCUUUACCCCAACCGGGUGGAACUGCAUCCAGACUCCGGCAGUAACAAACCAGAGUUACUCUUCAUGGAACAGAUUCAUUCGGUGGAAUCGGAAUUCCAGAACGUGAAGGGGGAGCAGUGCAUUGUGGUCAACCUGAGAGGUCGCGAGAAGGUCGUGUUGACUCAACAGGACGAAGUCGGAAUGAAGGAGUGGAAGAACACACUGAUCUCAACGAAUAAGCUUUCCGAGGAGAUGCUUACCAGCAUGGCAAAGAAAGCGAGUCGAGUCUACGGGUCAGCCGAUCCCAGCGUGCCGGACGGCCACUCAAAGCCUCCGCUGCUGCGUAACAGCAGCAACGGAAACUGACGUCAUGCACACCGGCCGGCGUCGUCGACCUGAGGGUUCUCCGCGCCCCCCACCAGAGGGUGCCUGGUGCGUCUGUGCUCGACACACGGGGCAGCACUCUUUGCUGGGAUCAGAGAGCGGAGCUGGCUCCGCCGCGAUCGGCAAUCCACCACCAGGUGCUGUGCGCCGUCACCGAUCGCCGUCGUCACGGCAACGGGAUGAAGAGAAGAUGGCGCAGAGUCCCACUUGGCCGGGGGAAUAAUCGUUUGUCGUGACUGCGGCGGGAAACGUCGCGUCAGCCCGGUGCCGCGCCCAGAACUGCCGCAGAACUUCGCAUCUCUGCCGUCGAAGACUUAGACUUAUCCGUUAGAGGCCAGUAAGCAUGAAGUCUGGAGUGGGACGACGUCAUGAGGUGUGGAAGCCUUUACUGCGGCGCAUAGCAGGGAGUCGCGCUGACUGUGGCCCAUCGGCUUUGUCAGUGUCGCGCAUGUCGCAAGCUGGCACACGCUAUCAGCAAUAGGUACGCUGCUUCUGUCAGCUAGUAACCGAGGAAAUUGUGAGAAAUCAACGCGAGGGAAGAACUGAGGUGUGUAAUGGAUGAAUGCAGGGGCAUAACUGAGGUGUGUGCGUAUGUAGUGGGUGUUGACGUGUGCGAGCAUGCAUGGACAGGACAAAGCCAUGUAGGAGUGGGACGCCUAUGCAUUUGCACGUGUGCGUGCGUGUGUACGUGCGUGCAUGCGUGGGUGUGUACGUGCAUGUGUCCGUGUGGGGCAUGCGUUUGUGGGCUUGUGCCUCUGGGUAGCUUGCAUGCGUGCCUUUCUAAGUACGUUCCAGUGUGGGUGUGUGUGCGUGCGUGCGUGUGUAUACGUGUGGGUAUACUUAUGUGUGUAGCUGCGUGCAAGCGUGCGUGUGUGCGUGCAUGCGUGUGUGCAGGCUGCAUACCUAUGCGCGUGCGUAGUCAGAGCGCUGCAUGGUCAGCCAGGCAGUACAGUCUGAUGCCUCAACAUCUGCACGUUAUCUAUCACCUGCUGUCUAACAGGGCGACUUACAGUGAACUGUUAUGAACAAGCAAUACGUCACUGUAGCAGCAAUGACCAAAAGGCAUAUUAGUUACUGGGAAGCUGGUUUUCCCACCCUCCCCGCCCACAACGUCUAUCUGUUUUAUUUCACACAAGUUAAAUGAAACUAUAGGUUUAUUACAAUCAGUGUAGCGUGACGGCCAAUUGUGACGGCAGUUACUUAACGAUUAGUAUUUACUACUGCGUGCACACAUACUUGCUUUCUCCCGUGUCAAAUAUACAGUCUGUAUACUUCACCGGCCCACCCCGUUCUUUAGAGCAGGUAUCUCCCACCCCGUCAGACUUUCUAAUCUUCGUGCAAUAGCGAAUUUGACAACCUGGAAGUUUUUUUUAAUCUGAUGGUGGCAUCAGAACCUAGUCAUUGGUUUGGACAAUAUUUUAAACUUUUAGCCAUUUAACGUUUUAUUAUGAACAAGUCACCGGAAAGUUAAUGCACGCGUGUGGAGAGAGGAUGAGAGAUGUCAGAAAAAAAGGUGUAGAAUGAUUGUGCAUGUGAGAGUGUGCGGAAGGGUGAAAGGUAAAGUAUUUCAGCACAGAGAGAAAUCGAUUUUGUUGAAUCCAUUUUUGUUUGUUAUAUUGUAGCUGCGUACCCAUCUGUUGAAUCAUGAUAUAAUUAAAUAUGUAAACCGUUGGAGGAAUUUUAGUACGUUUACUCUGUUUUGUGAUAUGCUAUUCUAUUCUGCUACAAAUUGUCGACUGUUGAGUUGUUGCCUUUACAUGACAGCUGGCCAUCUGCAGAGGUGGCGGCAGUUGGAAAUUAUCUUGAAUCCGUUGUGAAGACGCCACGUCUGUGGCAGUUAAGGAGGGAGGGGUUGCCUGACUUUUAAUUAUUUUUUGAAAUCUUUACUCAAAAUAAACUAUCGGCCACAUUGUGAGCCAGGGGAUGGGUGUGACGCUACUCCUACGCUAGGUGUGCAGACGAAUGGUAAGGUGAUACAGCGGGGGUACUCGUCGAUAGAUCGACGAAUAUAGGCGUGUGCAGACUUCACCGCUGCGUCUAGGUGUGUCCAAUCUGGUGAUGUUCUCUCGUUGGUGUUCUUGGAGCGUACGCCUUUAAUGUGCCUGGGGAACACGAUCUAAUACGUUCUUGUUGUUACUACGUAUACGUGGAACGCGAAAGGUAGAAUAAACAUUAAACGUUUAUUCGAAAGGUAUCCGCGUUCAUUUUGGCAGCAAGGGGGAUUUUCAGACCCCUGUUCCAGCAUGUUAGUGUACACACAGGGUUUCUAGACCGGUUGCUUUUGUAAAUGUAUUACUAUUUAUGGUCUUGCAGUUUGUAUGUAAACUAGCGUGAUGUGACAAUCUAACCGUGUUAUAUAUUUACGUAAUUUAUAAUAUGUAUAAAUACAUUCGCCUGCAGUUGGAAUGCCUUGUUUGUAUAAACACUUGUCUUUACUCGUGAAUCCACGUACGUACGAGCCGACUCGUAAUAUAUAAAAAGCCUUACAGCUAGGGAAGGCAUUUUAUGUGAAGCCAUUUUUCCAAUAGGAGUCACUGCUCCCUCUAGGACUGUGUGGCAGCAUGUACCGAUGUUGCCAAGUCAUUUUGUAUAGGUGGGUGGAGUCGAUGGCAUAUGACCCUAUUCUGUGAUGAGCGUGAAUCUAAAACUACAAAACUCCAUGGAAAAUUCUGCAUGCGUCUCUUCGCGCUACCGUGUAUCGCACUCACGUGCACCACGUCCCUGCGCGCUGUGUGUAAUAGUUUUUACACUCGACGCCUGUGUACGAAGUCCAGUCAUCACCACCAGGUGUCGCCACAGAGCUCGUUCUGCAGGUGGGGAAUCGUGCUCGCAAUACUGUGAGUGUGAUGAGACUGAAAACACCUGUCUGUGCAAGAUAAAGGAUAGAAGCACCUGAUGCGGUUUUACUCAUUACUGGCGACACACGAAUUUCUAAUUGCAUUGUCUUACUCUGACUUUUCCUGCAUAUUGCCCUCCUUACCCAGAAAUACGCAUAUACAUAUUGUGUUAUGCAUUUUAUAUUUCAGUUUAUCUAAGAAAUUAUUAUUAAUGGCUUGAAUAUGUAUAAUGAAUUAUUUAAAUUGAACAUAGAACGAUUGUGAAGCUAUGUUAUAAAGUGCAAUAUGUAUUGUUAGCCGGUUUAUACUGUAAUAUGUCGGUAAUAAAGUGUGUUUUUGUGUGAAAUUA